AUGGCGACUUCCUCAAACCGGGAUCAUUUCUUCCAGACGUCCACUGCGCUGGAUGAGCAGCAUCGAAAGGACGCCAAGGCUCAGAACAGCAAUGGAAAUCCCAUUAAGCUACCGAGCAAGAUCCUAGCGGCUCGCGCAGACCCGUGGAAUCCAGGAUCUAUCUACAUCGCGCAAAGUAGUGGCACGGUGAGAAGAAUUGUCCUCGAAACUGGAGAGACCGCUGCCCUCUUCAAGGGCCCUACAGCUCCUGUAACGAGUGUCUGUUUGAGCCCUAAUGGCAAGCUAUUGUUUGCUGGGUGUUGGGAUAAGACCAUCUGGAGCUGGGAUGUGAGCUCGGGUCAACCGCACAGGCAAUACGAAGGACAUACCGAUUUUGUCCGCUCGGUCACAAGUGUCAGAUUCCGCGGAGAAGAUUGGCUGAUUUCAGGAGGCGCCGAUGCGCAAGUCCUCGUUUUCAAUAUAAACAGCGGCCAGCGGACCGAGACUCUCAAGGGACAUGCCCGUGGGAUCCAAGAUUUAGUCGUCGAUCCCGAGUCAGAAAGCUCACAGGCAAUAAUUUUUACUGCGGGAAGUGAUCGGGAAAUUCGAUCCUUCAAUUUACUUGGAGGUGAUCUCUCGGAGCCUCUACUUCCCCAUGAUACUAGUGUCUACAAACUCUUUUUCGACAACGAUGCCGACCUUUGGACAGCCUCGGCUGACAAGACAGCGAAGUGUCUGAUGCGGGAGGACGGAUGGAAAGCUAAUCUGACAUUGGUGCAUCCGGAUUUUGUGCGAGAUAUCGUCAUCUACGAACCUGGAGGCUGGGUUGUGACGGCUUGUCGAGAUGAAGAGGUCCGAGUGUGGAAUCGAUCUACUGGAGAGCUUCACCACACAUUCUCCGGACAUUUUGAGGAGGUUACGGGCCUGGUGCUGGUUGGCUCGACCGUGGUCAGCGUGGGAAUCGAUGCCACCAUCCGUCAAUGGUCUCUUCGACCCGACGAACUUCAAAAUGCAGUGGAACUGGCCCAGAAAGGCACGCCCACAGAAGAGGACAAGCCGAAUACCGAGAGCAUGCUGACCGAAGAGGAGGAACGCGAGUUGGCCGAACUGAUGGAUGAAUAG